UAAUAAGCAAUCAAAAUGGGUUACCAGCAAUUAUACAAGAAAGCACAAAAUGAGAUCUCCAGGCUGCGGGAAUUAAUAGAAAUUAACAAGCAAGUUAUGGAAAAUUUACUGCUCCAAAACAAAGAAUCAGAGGAGAAGUAUAAAGACGAGAUUAUUAUCCUUAACAAGAUAAUUUCAGAUCACCACAAACUUCACACUGAAGAAGUCCAAGACUUGAAGGAGAGACUUGAACAUAUCAAGGAUGCACUUGAGAUGAAGGAAUACCUCUUACAAGAAAAAGAGAACAAAUGGAAAGAAUUCGAAGAUGUAGUUGUCACUUUUGCUUCUAACCAUCCAGACCUUCAAGAAAAGUUAUGUCAAAUUGAUUAUUUAUGAGACGAGAUUACUUCUAAAAGGAAAAUAUCGAACGUUGUAAAAGAGAACUCUGAAUUAAAAAUUAAGAUAACUAGCCUUCAAAGCCAACUCUCUGAGGUCGUAUCUAAUAUGACUAGUGUUGAUGAUGACAAUGAUGCAAGAUAUAACUUCAAUUAUAACUCAGAGCCUAGUUCAGUCAAGAAUUUAAGAAUGAAUAAGCUCAGAUUUCCCCAACAGGAUAAAUCAGAGAGUCGAUUCCAGUCCGGAAAUAUGACCCCACAAAAUAUGUUAUUAGCCCCACCUGUGAAACCAGAAUUUAGAAGAAGUAGAUUUGGGUCAACCCAAAUUUUGUACGAAGAGAGCAGCAACUCUACUGAUGAAGGCUCUGGGAUGGGUAAAGGAUCUGGAAUAAUGCAGACCGAAAAUUACAAAAAUAAUAUCGAAGUAGUCCCAUUAGAGCAAGAAUCGAGACAUAAUUCUCAACAAGAUAUUCCACUCAAAGACAUCGAUGAAUCGAGCAUCAGUCUCGAUGACUGUGCGAUGCUAGAGAACUCCCAUCCUUCUCAGAUGUAUUUCGAUAGGGAUGAAGUUCUAGAUGAAUGUUUGGAGGUCCUUUCCCAGAACGCUCCAAAAGAGGAUUUCGAUCAUUUCGGUGAUGCUAUCUAACCAUGCCAAAUAACUAAAUCCCGAAUACUUAUUAUAUUAUAUUUUAUC